UUCCAUAGAAACAGAUGGACGCUGGUUUUGGGUGCGCCGCGUAACUCUGCUGGGUGAAGGUUUUAGAUUUGCAAGUAUGUGGAAUCGCAAUGAUUCGGGAAGUUCGGCUCUGGCGAGAGCGCAGGCGCAGCUCCGGGGAAAGCGUGUAUCCAGCGCCACAAACGAUUCCAAGGAUGAGUUUCAGGAGUACAUGGAUGCACUGACGAAAAAAACAAACGCCUUAAAAGUGAGCCACACUCCAUUUCAGGACCUGAGCGAUCUUUCAGUUGAAGACACAGACAGCGAAGUGAAGGAGAACCGGUUGGUAAAAAGCGAGACAAAGCAAAGAGAAGACGACAGUGAAAAGACAGUGGUGGAAAGCAGGUUUUUAAAAAAAGCGCCCCGGUCUGUCAGAGGAAGUCAGUCCCCGACAAUGAGUAAAACAUCAAGUAAAACAGACCCAGGUGCUGCACAGGCUACAUCCACGCAGAGAGGCUCGACCAGUGCAGCUCUGAACAGACUGGCUCUCAUAGAGAAUAAAAUCAUGAGCAGAAGACGAGCCCGGGACCAAGUGGACUCGGACCCCGAUCUACGGGCUUCAGAUGAAAAGCCCUUCUCAGUCCAGUCCAGCAGCGAUCACAGCACCAGGGGCAGCAGCAGGUUUCUCAAGAGAAAGCCUCCAGACUCUAAAGGACCGGACGUGACACAAGGUGAACAGACUGCAGGAGGCCUUCAGAAGUCACACCCCAAACCUGCCCGUAAACAAGUCACUGUGGACAGUGAUGAGGAGGAUAUGAAGAAGCUGCUAGGCAGCUCGCUGGAAAUGUCCGAGGAGAGAUUCCUUAAACAAGAGAGACCAGCUUCCAGAGAGAGCCCUACACCUGGCAGAAAGUCUUUCUUGAAGAGCAAUCGAAAGACACAGCUAGGAUCUCCUUCGCCACCCAGAAGAAGCCCCCUUUCCAGGACCCCAUCCCCCCGUCGAUCCCCACUCAGGACUUUCUCCAGAACCCCCUCCCCUCCCAGAGGCCUCUCCCCCAGGAGGACGUUGUCUCCGAGAAUGAAGUUCAUUAAAAGGUCGUCGUCUUCCCUGUCCCUGAGGGGCGAUGUGAAAUCUGUGGAGGAGCUGUUCCCUAGCGUGUUGGAGUCUGAGGGUGUGAUCAGUGAGAGAAGCGAUGGAUCAGAUGCUUGGCCCAUCCAAUCAAAAUCCAAUAUAAAAGAUUUCAAACUAAAUAUUAUGACCUUGGAGGACCUUGUGCCAGCAAUUUUGGGAGAAACAGAGAAACCAGAAGAAAAACAGGAAAAGGCAAAAUCCAGCAAGACCAUUAACACUGCAGACAGCAAAGGACCACAGGCCUUUUCUCAGGCAGCGAAUCAGGUGGACAGCAAUGCUGAAUACGAGAGCGACUUCGAGAGCGAGAUCCAGACAGACUCCGAAAAGACAAUCAGUGAAAUAUCAGAACGUCUAAACAACGACUCUCCAGCCAGCGUGGUCCAGGAAGUGUCUGAAAGGUCUCAAAGAGAGGCAUGGAGCCAACAGUCUGGGUCCUCAACUGAGGAGAGGGCUAGGAAGAGAGAGCGCACAAAAUCAGAUGCCUCCUGGUCGUACCCAGGCAGAACGGAAGGGGGUCGCUCCAGCAGUGACUUCUCGUACUCAAGGACUUCCACAUAUUCAAGUCUGUCUCCGUCUCGCACGCUCACGCCAACCCCACGCAAAGGGAGAUCGAGCAAGCACAGGACUGUCAAAGAGGCAGGAGUGCAGACGCAAGCCACUGGAUUAGCCUACAACUGGUCUAAUGGUAUGGCAGUAUUGGGUCCAUCCAUUGGAGCAACGUAUGUAGAUCCAGCUCCCAUUGCAAGCCAUGUUGUUAGCGCUGAUGCACUAGAAGCUCUAACAGCCUACAGUCCUGCAGUCUUUGCUUUAAAUGACAUGCUGAAGCAGCAGUUGGCUUUGACAAGGCAGUUUGCAGAGACCAGCCGGUAUCUUCACACUUCUCUGCUUGAAUCACUUGGACCAGAAAACUACCACUAUACAACUUUAGAGGAUACUAAAGAGUUUAUACGUAGUUGCAGGCCCCCACCUCUAACUACAGAAGAGGCUUUGGAAGAGGUGCUUCAGGAUAUGAGGGAGUAUCAUUACAUGUGAACACAAGCAGGACUCUACAGAAGAGACGGAAACAGCCUGGGAGAUUUACUUUGAUUUCCAAUGUGAAUGACGAACAAACUCAUCUUAGAACAAACAGCCUUGAAAUGUGAAAUAUGGUUCAUUUGCAUAUUUGCCAUAAUUUUUAUAUGCACCAAUCCAGUGUCAAUCUAGAUGAACUGAAAAUGCAACACAUUUCCCAUGGAAAAAGGAGUUACUUGCAUGCUUUGACAGUAAUGUGAACUGCAACAAGAAACAUGAAAUUCAGAAAUCACUCUUUCAUUCAGGUUGGCUUUUAUGGUUAACAGACAAUAAAUCACAGUUUCCUAAACAAAGUGGCCCAGAAUGUUUUAUGUAACUUGUUCAAAUGGACUCAGUUGUAAAGUAAUACAUCAGUAUUAUGCUGUAUAUAUAAAAACACAAAACACGCUCGUCUGUCUGUUUUUACCGUUUUUCUUGGUACUCCCUUUCUAAAAUCUGGGGUGUGGGGAAAGGAACUGAAUAAGAAACAUUACUCUCAGCUUGCUGUAGGUAAACAUUUUCUAAAAACAGAUGCUUGUGUUCAGUAAACAACAACAA